AUGAGUGGGAUAUAUACGGGCGACAUACCGCCCAACCAAACUUUGUAUGCAAACAACCUGAACGACAACAUAAACAUCAAAGAAUUGACCCAUUUGCUCUAUGAAUUAUUCGUUCCAUAUGGAGAGGUUAUCGACAUCGUGGCUCAGCGCGGAAAUGCAAAGCGAGGACAAGCUUUCAUUGUUUUCAAGGAAAUUGCUAGCGCCACUAACGCCUUAAGGAGCUUGCAAGGACGUGUAAUUUUGGGUAAAAAACUAAAUCUUAAUUACGCAAAAACUAAGUCCAAUGCGACAUUAAUCCAAAUGGGUGCCUUUAAAUUAAAUAAGCCAAAGGCGGAUGUAAUUCAGGAUAUUAAAGUAGACGCGCCGCAAGACGUACAUACAAUUUUCGUAGAAAAUCUACCUCCGGAUACGACACAAAGGGCUGUUGAGAUUCUAUUCUCUCAAUACCCAGGCUACGUUGGCUGUAGAUUCAUCCUCGAUCGGGGCGUUGCCUUUGUGGAUUACGAGAAAUCUGUGCAAGCAGAAGUAACUAUACAGGGCUUGCAGGGGUUUAGGAUCACUCCCGACUUCCCAAUCUCGCUAAAAAUAGCACGAUCGUAG